CCGGUAAACAUUUUGUUCAUGUGUUGUUCUGGAAAUCAUGUAUUUUAUUAAUUUCUUGUAAGUAGAGGUAGAAAAUAUCAGUUUCUUCGUAAUAACAUGAAUAUAUUCAAUAUGAAUAAGAGUUUCUAGUUAUUAAUUUCUUAAGAAGCAAAAAAUAGUUUGUAUUAAAAUGGGUGUUCACGAUUUACAAAAAUUUUUGGAAAGUCAUAGUCUCGAAGGCGGAGCAGUAUCUGUAGAUCUCUUAAAGAUAGCUAGAAAUGUUACUCAAAGGCAGCAACCACACAAUGCUAAUCGUAAAAUAAGACCUAUUGGAAAUAAGUUGAAACUAAUUGUUGAUGCUGAGAACUGUUUAGAUCGAUUAUAUGGAGGAUAUUUCUCAGAUUGGGCUUGUGGUGGGCAAUGGAAUCGUAUGGUACAAUUUUUGUCACUUCUCACCCGUGCCAUAGAACGUGGUAAUAUAGAAUUGGCAGUGGUUUUUAAUGGUACGAUCGAACAGUGUCGCAUGAACGAAUGGAUUGCGGAACAAGCAAAUAUUCGCCAAAGAGUCGGAAUGGUAUUAAAACAUAUAAACACUAAAGCUACGCCACCGCCCAAGAUAUGGUGGACUCCACCCACUUGCCUUAGAUCUGCUCUCCGAAUGGCAUUACGUCAUCUAGGAGUAACUGUGAUGUGCACUAUGGAUGAUCAUCAUCAGGAGGUCAUUGCAUAUUGCCGUGAAUAUGGAUUUCAUGGGCUUUUGGCAGAUGAUGCUGAAUAUGCCGCUUUUGAUCCACCUCGUUAUUUUUCAUCGGAGAAUCUUAAGUUAACAUAUAAGGGAUCUAUUGAAACCAAAGAAUAUAUGAUAAGUGAAUUGACAAAGACAUUAAAGGUGACUCAAGAACAAGUCUGCAUCAUGGCUGCUCUUCUUGGCAACUUCCUUUUGCCUGAAAGUGAUUUACAAGACUUAUACAAGAAGCUUGGUUUAACUAAAGUUCCUGCAGAAAAUAGUGCUGAGAACAACGUAAAGAAAUUAGCCGACUAUGUACGUAACCUUCCUUCCCCAUCUAACAUGGAUGGUCUAGUGAUAGCUGUCUUCGGUUUGUUAGAAGACAGACGUGCGUCUAAAUUUAGACAGUCAGUACAGUAUUAUUUAAAUGGUACGGCCAGUGGAUUCCUCAAAUAUUGUACACCUCCAACUAAUUCUAAGCCUAAGAAAAGCUCCAGCAGUACAACAAACGAAAAUUCAACUGCAGCGAAAGUGGAAGAUUUAGAUUUGGAUACUUCUGGAUUUGCUUCAGAAACUACUGAACAAGAGCAAGAAAGUUUGCAAAAUUAUAGACUGGCUACUGCAAAUUCCAUAAUAACAGAUUUCGAAGGAUUGGACGUUAAUCUCUUGAAAAAUGCAAACAGCGAUGAUUCUCCUCUGUCGUCAGACUCUUCAAGAUUUAAUGGUAUAUCGAAUGGUUCUGUUUCCUCCGCUAAAAGCUUGGCGGGAAGCUCUUCCGGAACAAGGGUGAAUCUUCUAGUCGGUUCAAAUAAUUCUGCAAGCAGUAUACCUCCCUCUCCCAAAAAUAAUCAGACUUUGAAACAAGCUAGCAUAAAUCUUGUUACCCCAACUGUUUCACCGGACGUGCUACGUACUGCAUCUCUGCGCCAUCAGAAGGGUCUGAUGGCCCCCAUGAUUUUGCACGUCUUAAGUACACAAGAAGUGCGUUUGCCUUGUCUGAUGGAAGACGAAGGUAACAGAGAAUUCCCUCCAAUACACGAUAUAUAUCAACCUUUGCGACAGAAGGUGUAUGCCGUCUUGUUCAACCUACAUCAUCUGAGAUAUGUCCAUACGAAAAAGAAAGAAUCUGGUGAUGUGUCAGAAAAUGCUCCACAACCAGACAUCCUUAUAAAAGAAUGGAUCUACAGCCGUUCCAAUCCAUAUCAGUACCCCGAGGAAGUGAAAGCCGAGCCAUUGUCUUGGGCUGUGCCGACUUUACAACGGUUAUGGUUCGGACCUUCCGUAGAUGACAAGAGGAGGCGCAUGCGAGCUUUAUUGUCUUGUCUUAAUUCUGAUACGCCUUUAAUAUUAAACACGGCGUAUGUCCCACAACACAUGCUCAUCAUGGCGUGCGUGUUAAGGUACGUCAUGUCCCAAGAUAGGCCAGUAAUGCGCCGACAUGAGCUCGACGCCUUUUUGUGCCACGCCUUCAAUCCGAAUCUUAUGAAUCCUCAGUAUUUACAAGAACUAACGUUAAAUGUAGUGACUAGUCGCGGUGUACAGUUGGCAGCUCUGUUUAUGAAGGGUGUUGAUAUGGCCCUCCUGGCCAAUGACGCUUGUGGGGCACCUCUGCCUUGGUUGAUGUGUUGUCCUUGGCUGUAUUUUGAUGGCAAAUUAUUCCAUUACACUCUCACUAGGUCGGCGCACGCCAAGAACAUAUUAGAGGUGUGCGAGAACUACAUCGAACGAGUGGUGAAGGUGGAACGUAUGAGGAAAGCCAUCUUGGAAGGUCUCGAUGUUAAAUUUGCCAAGGUUCCUCUUCCACCUUUUACAGGAGCUCCUAUGCUUAGACAGGGGCUCCCCCCACCUCACUGUUUGCCAGCAAUGAAUUUACCAUCGAAUAGAGGUACAUCAACCUUGCGCCAGAGGCCGAUACCGUCCAGGGGUGGUCAGUUACAGGUUGCCGGCGUGGUAGUGGGUUCCUGGGGGGCAAACUACGGCUUUCAGCCAAACAUGAGGCAGCAAGUCCUUCCCGCUGGCGGGGGAUUUCCUCCUCAGGGUAGAGGCAGAGGCGGCGGAGCUAUGGGAAAUUAUCAGAAUACUUAUGGGGGUAGGGGAAGAGGACAGAAUCGCAAACCUGGACCUCCGACCUUUCCAGUUAAUACUCGAAGGAAUCAGGCAAACAAAAAACGUAACACUAACAAAUCUAACAAGGGUCAAAAGCCGCAGGGACCGACAUUAACAGUUAAAACUGAAAGCGGAGACGUUCCAGUGAAUGAUGUGAUCCUGACAGAGGACGGUUCUACGAGUACAGGAGGCAAAAAAGAAGACUGCAACAAGAGCACAGAACACAAGGGUCAAGGGGACGCUCCUUGCAGGGUAGAUGCCACCUCGAAUUAAGAUUCUAAGCGUGGAACUCGUGUGUUGUGUGGUCUGUAUGAGGGAUGUAUGUGACUUUAUUAUUUUUUUUUUUGUAUUUUUUGUAUACAAAUCGUGAGGAAAUGGUUAUUAUAAUGCCACUCGCUAUAAAACUUGCGGACACCGAGACAGUGACUCUUAUAAAGUGCCCCGAAACAAAACAACUGAUUUUAAUUCGCGUUAGCUCGACAACGAUAAUCCACGAGAGCAGUGUUGGUGCUGGUAUUGGUCGGUUAACAAUGGUAGGUCUUUACAGGGUUGGAACGAUGUAUCGACACUGCUAUAGCUGUGUUCAGAUGGUCUGCAACGCUGACUGAUUGUUUGAGAGCAUAUGUAUAUUUUUCUAUGUUUGUUACAACUGUUAUAAUUAUAUAUUGACUGAGAAAGGGCGCUAUAAGUGCUACUGUGAUCAUAUUUAUGGUAUUUAUACGUUAGAUCUGUUGAAUGGAGCAAUGUAGAUUGUCAGCGACCCACGAUCGAGACAGUUUAUAUUGCGCAGAAGAUGGUUAAGGAUGGUUCGCUAUAUAAUAUAUAUAUAUUCGAUGACCUUUCGGUGUAAUAUUUGAAAUUUUUCAAUAAAACCGAAUCAACCGUAUAAGUCUUUUUGUGAAUUAUAAACUUACUAAAUUCAUAUAUAAACGCCUCGGGGAAAUUUUUCCACCGUAGUCAAACGCAAAGGCUUUAAAUGCGUUGCACAUAUACGAUUUUUUGUGUAUUAUGGCAUCGUGUGACUUUUUUUGUGUUAUCUUUACAUUUGUUUACAGAGUGGUGCGUACUGUGAGUGUAUGUGAAAAAAAUACCUUUGGGUAUUGAAGUACUUUUUUAUGCUUAUAUUUUUCAUAAGCAGGUCUAAAUAUCCAAAGGUAAGAUUAAAACGUAAUUAUCACUCAUUUCAAUUCGGAUGGGUUGAGUCGUAAAUGUGCAGCGAGCCUAAAAGUUUGUUUACUCCUUGAAGUGGUUCGAUCUGAUAAGGAUUUUUGUUGUAGGAAAAUUAAAAUCGUGAACAAUUCUAAUCUUCGCUAUGACCUUUGGUUGUUAAAACAAGUUUUUUUACACGACUAUGUAAUUCCCUUGAAAAUUCUCGUUUGCUUGUGCAAAAUAACGUGGCCCUUAUAUGUGAAUUUGGUAAAAUUUGAAAUUUGACAUUUGUCCUCACUGCAAGAUACAAUCAUUUGUAUCGUUUAUAAAAAAUUGCCCAAUAAAAUGUACAAACACUUCUAUGUAUAUUAGUCCUAAAUGAGAGUUGGUCCGACUUCUUCCGUUAGAGACGUGAAACCGCCCAUUCGAUUAGUAUUUCAGAUGGGACAUUUAACGGAAAAAGUGCACAACUCGUAAUCGAAAAUUUAAUGUUCAGAUUUGCGCUAUUGCUCAUAGGAGACAAUAUAGCUUUUAAAUACACUGAACUUGUAACUGGAAACAACAAAGUAAUUGUCACGAAAACAUUAAACCAAUCGAAUCAAAUGGAUUCUUAAUUUAAUACAAAGAUAUUGCUUAUCAAAAGAAACAUGAAAUAUGACAUUUUUAAUAUUUUAGUAGCUGUUUAUCCUUACACGUAGUUCUUGAAUCGAUCAAUUUAGCUCACAAAGAUAUAGUAAUAUAUUAGAAAUUUCUCCAUAACCGGACGAAAUUCUAGUGGUUGUUCAUAAAAUAUGUAUCCCUUGUGUUGUAAAAUUGUUGCUGUUUUCUUUGAUGUAUUAUGGCGACAUAAACAUUCGCAUGUAUUUCCUUUAAAUACUUUAUAAGGUUGCUUCUUUUUUAGUUUUUAAGCGAAUGUAUUUUUGGGAGGGUUUUUUGUUUAUUUGGAAUAUUUUUUGCUAGUAAUCAGUUUUAAUAUAUGUUUAUGAAAAUUGCCCUCUUAUUGUUUAAAUAACAAUUUAUAAUCUUAUAUAAUAGUAUAAUCUAAUGCUUAACAUAUAGCGAUAUUUGGAAAUGUAGCGUAUUACAAAGUUUAUUUCUUCCCUUUUAAUCUAUUUAAUUCACUAUAUGCAAGAUAUUUAACAUUGUAAUUUCUGAUAUAUAUGUGUAUAUUGGCUCUGUGGGUGAAAGGGCAUCCAUAAUUAAAUAUAAAAGUAUAAUAAUUAGAAAUAGUAAUUGUGAUUUUGGAAAACUUGGGACAAUAUUGCUCCUGUGAACAUGAUUUUAUUUAUUAUAUCGGUCAUUUUUGGAAAUUCAAUUGCUUACGCUGUUGUCUUGAUGUUUAUUCUGAAAUCACCGUGAAUCCAGUUUCACUUUUUUCUUGUAUCCAAUUUUUAAAAACAACUAUUCAACUGUUAAGACAGUUUAUGUAAAAUGGGCAUCAGAAACAUUUAAAUUUAUGUAAAUGUUAGCAGGCAGAACAUGUUAGAAAGGUAAACGCGAGUUUUCUGUGCAGUUGAAAGAGUUUGUUUGAUAUAUAAUAUACAAUUGAACCAUU